AUGGCUUCCAAAACUCUCCCAAAAUUACCAGUUAUAGACUUAUCAUUGAGGGAGGACUUGAGGCCUGGUACAAGAGCUUGGGAAUCGAUGUGCAAAGAAGUUUGCAAUGCUCUAGAAGAGUAUAAAGAAUCAGGGACGAAUGAGAACUAUUUGGGUCUUCUCGGCCACACUGAUAAGUCAUUUUCAACCGUGAUUCAUCAGGAUGGUGUUAACGGAUUGGAGAUUCAAACUAGGGAUGAGCAGUGGAUUCUUUACGAUCCUCCCUCGCAUUCAUCGUUCAUAUACCUGGCAUCUGAUGCAUUCAAGGUGGGCUUGAUUUCUCUUGUUCGGUUUAUUAGGACAGUGAUGGGUGUUCCUGAUGAGCUAGUUGAUGAGGAACACCCUUUACGAUACAAGCCAUUUAAUCACAGAGAAUAUCGUAAAUUGCAUAUAGAAUAUGGCAGCAAGAAAAUUGAGUACUCUAUUGAAGCUCACUGUGGUGUCUAA